AUGGUCGUCUACGCCUUCUACAUCUUCGAUCGGCACACCGAGUGCAUCUACACCAAACACUGGCUGCCCCAGCCCUCCGACGCCGCGGGCGCCGCGCGACCGGCCGGUGCCGGUGCCUCCUCCCUGGCCGCCGGCGGCAGCAGCACCAGCACCCGGGCCAGCAACCGCAGCCGCGACGACGCCAAGCUCAUCUUCGGCACCGUCUUCUCCCUGCGCAACAUGGUGCGCAAGCUCGGCGGCGAGGACGACGCCUUCAUCAGCUACCGCACCGCGCAGUACAAGCUGCACUACUACGAGACGCCCUCGAGCCUGCGCCUCGUCAUGCUGACCGACACGGCCGCCCCGAGCAUGCGCAACGUCCUGCACCAGAUCUACAUCAACCUGUGGGUUGAGUACGUUGUCAAGAACCCCCUAUCUCCGGUCGAGCACCCUGGUGGAGAGGGCGUCAAGAACGAGCUUUUCGAGUUGGGACUGGACCAAUUCGUCCGAGGGUUGAUGUGA